UAAUUCAUGAGUGUGGUGCCACCACGCCAUACAGUGGUCCAUCUGUUAUUGUGUUGGCCGCAGCCAAUUGGCUAAUGCGCCAGACGGUCUCGGGCUCAGGGUUGUGGCCAAGCAUUCGUGAAUUAACGAUUGACUGUGUUUGCAGAGAUUUAGGGACGGAAGGCAAUCAUGUCGUCGUUGUGGAAACCGUUUUCCAUCUCAGAGGGGCCGUGUAAAAAUGUAGGUUUCAGGGGUGGAUGCUCGCAGCAACAGCAGCAACAGCAUCCACCGACCUCAAUUCCAUCCUCAUGUUGGGGUAACGGUAACGUUAACCAAACUGGCACUGCUGCAGUAUACCGUUCCCAAGACCUCUUCCAUUCGUGUUCGUCAAAAAGGACGUUGGCUGCCGCUGCUGUUGGUGGAAGGAAGGUAACACACCCUGGAAAAGCCAUUCUUGCAGGUGGGAUUGCAGGCGGGAUUGAGAUCUGCAUCACCUUCCCAACAGAAUAUGUCAAGACACAACUUCAGCUAGACGAACGAGCCACUAACCCUAGAUACAGGGGCAUUGGAGACUGUGUAAAGCUGACAGUGCAGGAUCAUGGCCUUAGAGGACUUUAUCGUGGCCUCAGCUCCCUUCUCUACGGCUCUAUUCCAAAAUCGGCCGUACGGUUUGGCACGUUUGAGGUGCUUAGUAGUCCUAUGAGGGAUGCCAAUGGUCGCCUUGACAACACCCGCAGCCUGUUGUGUGGCCUGGGAGCGGGUAUAGCUGAAGCUGUGCUGGUAGUCUGUCCAAUGGAGACGCUCAAGGUGAAGUUCAUCCAUGACCAGUGCUCACUACGUCCGCGGUAUCGCGGCUUCUUCCAUGGCGUUCGUGAAAUCAUAAGGGACCAAGGCAUCCGAGGCACUUACCAAGGGCUGACCGCAACAGUACUGAAGCAAGGGUCCAACCAGGCCAUCCGGUUUUAUGUCAUGAAUUCUCUACGGAACUGGUACAAAGGUGAUGACCCCAGACGUGACAUGCACCCAGUGGUGACGGCUAUGUUUGGUGCCACAGCUGGUGCCGCCAGUGUGUUUGGCAACACACCCCUUGAUGUGAUCAAAACUAGAAUGCAGGGUCUGGAAGCCCAUCGCUACAGAAACACGGCUGACUGUGCUUUCCAGAUACUAAGGAACGAGGGACCACAAGCGUUCUACAAAGGCACGGUGCCGCGGCUGGGCAGAGUGUGUCUCGACGUAGCCAUCGUCUUUGUGAUCUACGAGGAGGUGGUGAAGUUGUUAAACAACAUGUGGAAGACCGAAUAAGAGUGAGGCGAGAGUGCUGGUACUUACUUGAAUGGUGGAGCUUAAGGCAGCGACGAGGGAGAUGCUCUUAACACGGCUGGCUAGGAUCGGUACAAUACGUUUAACCUGGAUUCCUUCGUGAAGAGUGCACACCAUCUGUGUCGUGGAGGAAAAACUGCUGACGAAGAAGCUAGACGUUAAUGCACAACUUUGUACCUUUCGUUCAGAAAUACUGUUGUUGAUGUUCAGCCUUGCAAUGUAUGUUUUUUUUGUUUUUUUUUCCACUGCUGUGAACUCGCUAAGUGUCUUGUUCUUCACCAUGCUCUUACGUAGUCUGUCACGGAACAUGAGCUCUGUAGUAUGUGGAUAGCUUGUACCUAAAAGAAGUGCAAAUGCUCCGUCUCCAGCUCUGACCAAUGUGUCCUCUUUAGCAUGACGUUAAAGGUAGCACCGUGGCACUCAAACACAGAACAGCGGUCAUGUUGCAGAUGAUCUAUAGCUCAAAGGCUCAGUCACACUGGAGGUGAACAUAUGCUGCUUUGUUACUUUAACACAGUUCUAGUUUUUGUUACAUAUUGACAAAAAAAUUCUUAUAAGAUUCGAGGAAAAUGCAAGUUGAAAGAUUCCCUGUAUUAAAUUAUUAACCCGG